CAUGUCCACGGAGUGUUCACGUGAUCUAUAACCAGGGUGGUCAAAGAUAGUUGGCGGAUGACUUGUGGAUGAGUUGUCGGACUUCUGUGUUGCAAUAAGUUCACCGCAUCUGAAUCAAUGCGAGAUUAUACCGUCACCGACACAAACGGUACCACUCCAAACGGUACCGCUCCGAUGUCAGAUGAGAAGCGCAGCGGCGGAGUUUACAUCAGCCAUGGGGUGGGGUUCAUCCUUCUGCUUCUGGCCGCAUGUCUGGCCGUGCUGGUAGGACUCGUUGUUCACCUGGUAUCCCCUGGUCAGGUUAUCUGCACGUGCGACACGCCCACUGUAGCGACACCUCCACUCAAGCCGGAGGAACUCCGGGCACGCUGCGUGGGGCUUGUAGAUGGCGGUGAUCUUAAAGUUUGUGACGCGUGUUCCAAGAAAACAACAACAGCAGCAGCGACAGCGACAGCGACAGCAACGGCGCCCACUACAACAACGACUACUACAACACCAGCCCCCAUCAUCAACUACCGUCUCCCAACGGCUGUAAAACCUUAUCACUACGUCCUUGAACUCCAACCCGAGAUAUACGGCACGAACUCGUCUCUCUUUACUUUUAACGGGACAGUUUCUAUUGUCCUCAACGUAACGGAGGCGACGUCUAACGUGACCUUGCACAAAAACGAUCUAACGAUUGAUAACGACUCCUUAUCCUUUCGACCUCUUGACAACCUGAGUGAUAGGGGCCCGGCUAUUGUCAGCACAAGUUAUGACGAGGUCAGGGAAUUUUACGUCCUUCACCUUGACAAUGACCUCCAACCCGGAAGGUCAUAUGAAGUCGGGAUGAGUUUUCAAGCCAAAAUGAGAACCGACGGGUUGGGUCUGUAUCUCAGUUCCUACAAGACGGAUUUGAAUGAAACCAUUUACCUAGCAUCCACUCAGUUCGAGGCACCUCAUGCGAGGAAAGCAUUCCCAUGCUUUGAUGAACCAGCUCUGAAGGCGACCUUUGAUAUUACCUUGGUCAAGAAGGUGACCACUGGACGGAACUACCGGACACUGACCAAUACAGAAGCUGUGUCCAGUGAGACCAGAGGCAACUAUACAGCUGAUAAGUUUGCAACGACACCGGUAAUGUCAACAUAUCUCCUCGCCUUCAUCGUAUGCGACUUUGACCAAUGGGAAAACACCACCUCAAAUAUAACGUACCGCACGCUGGCCCGCCCAAAUGCCCUGCAGCACGCCGACAGGGCCCAGAAGUAUGGCAUUGCUCUGUUCGACUGGUUCGAGAAGACAUUCGAGCCUGACUACCCCAUCACUAAACUUGACAACAUCGCCAUCCCCGGGUUCAGAUCCGGUGCCAUGGAGAACUGGGGUCUCAUAACCUACAGUGAGACGCUCCUAUACGAGGUGGGCGUGUCCACAGCAGCUCAAGACAGCUGGGUCGUGGAGGUGAUCUCGCACGAGAUUACUCACCAGUGGUUCGGCAACAUCGUGUCCCCCAAGUGGUGGUGGUGGCUGUGGCUGAACGAGUCCUUCGCUUCUUUCUGGGACUUCCAUGCGGUGGAGGCCAUCUACCCACGCAGGAGAUCGACGGAGCAGUUCGUAGUCCAGUCCAUGCAUGCUACGAUGGUCGAAGACGGGCUGCAGACGUCGCACCCAAUGACGAACGACGUCGAGAGUAACGCGGAAGUGGAGGGCUCCUUUGACUCCAUCACAUACACCAAGGGAGCGAGCGUCGUUCGAAUGAUGCACUUCACCAUGGGAGAGGAACUUUUCAUCAGAGGGCUGAACCUGUAUUUGAAGAGACAUCAGUACGGCGUUGCUGAACAUAAGGACUUAUUCAACGCUUUGACAGAGCAAUCUAUAGCUGAAGGCACUCCCAUCAACAUGACAGACAUCUUUGAACCCUGGGUUACACAGAUGAACUACCCUCUCGUCACUGUCAAGGUCACAGGUCCUGGAACCAUCCAUGUCCGUCAGGAACGCUUCCUCAACAACAUGAGCUCCAACACGACCGGAGACACAGCUCCGUAUGGUUACAAAUGGACAAUCCCUAUCACAAUCGCCUCGAGCAAGAACAGCAGCAAUUUAAACAAGAAGUACAGCUACAACGACAUUGCAUGGUUGGCAAAGACAGAAGCAGAGAAAAACAUCAUUGAUCCUGUUGUCCCCGACCCUUCACAGAAUGACGCAUGGGUGGUCGUGAAUGUCCAACAGUACGGUUACUACAGGGUCAACUAUGAAGAGAGAAACUGGAUGGCGCUCGUUAAACAGCUGGAGCUGGACCACACAGUGUUUCCACCAUUGACCAGAGCACAACUCAUUAACGACGCAUGGGAACUGCAACAAACCGGCCUUGUGACGAUGGGAAUAGCGCUUCGCACUUUGAAUUUCCUCAAGAACGAUGUGGACUAUGUCUCUUGGCGAGCGUUCGCACGACAUGGCUACCGUCGCAGUGCUUUGGUUCAAAGUCAGUUCCACAGUGCCUACAGGGAAUUCAUGAGAGUCAGUGCAAAUAAGACCUACAAUCACUACAGAAUGAACAUACAAGAUGACACUCUUCCAAUAGAUAUAUUUCAGACAUUCCGUGGUUCCAACUAUGCCUGUACAUAUGGGCUCCAACUAUGCGUGGACGAUGCUCUGCGACUGUACCGGGAGUGGAUGAUGGACACCGUCAACAACAGGAUCGACCCCAAUCUCAUCUACGUUGUAACAUGUACCGCUGUCGAACACGGGGGAAUGGAAGAAUGGAACUUUGCAUACAGCCAGUACCAGCAGUCGGACCAGGCCUUCGGAGGAAUAAGUUUCUACGCUCUGUUCUGCACGACCCAGCCGUGGCUGUUACAGAGAAUGCUGGACAAGGCUUUGGACAAUACGACAUUUCGCUCUUUAGAUGCGGAUACCGUGAUACUGAGCGUGGCCCUGAAUGAAGCGGGUAGAGAAAUGGCAUGGAGCUUUAUCAAGAGCAACUUCCUGAUGCUACACGACAAACUCGGCCAAGCCGCCCUAUCCUGGCUGAUAACGAAUCUACCAUCUGGUUACAACAAGGAAUACUUUGUGAAUGAGCUGCAAUCAUUUGCCAACACUACACAUGCAGAGGCAUAUCAGACUUCAUUUCAAGAGGCCAUCAAGAAGACGCAGGCUGAUAUGGAUUGGCUAGAGACUAACGGUGACGUCAUCAAAGAGUGGCUCACAGAACAGGGUUUUGGAGAAUUCCUGCCAUAUUAACCACUUUGCUGCUGAGACCCGCUCGCUUUACGUUGAAUACCUGAUUAAUUUGAAAUGUAAACAGUGCAUCUGCUUUCCCCCUCCUUGUUGGCACACCCGGCAAGCUUUAACAUUCUAUUUAAACAAGACUUGGUCUGCUGACUAAAAUGUUAUUAGGUCAGUACAGGUUGCAUGACAUAGUGAAAUAUAGUAUGGUUUUAAGCCGCUUUUCAAGCAUUAUCACGGCGGGUAGUGAAAUAUAGUGAAAUAUACAUACUAUUAAUUAAUCCUUAAUUUUGUUCUCAGCUACUUCCAGCUUAUAGAACAGUUUACAAACUCUAUAGUCCCUCUUUGAGGAAACUUCCAAAAUAAAGUUUUGUUUGUUUGAUGUUCAACGUCACACUCAGCAAUAUUCCAGCUAUAUGAUGGCUUUCUGUAAAGAAUCGAGUCUGGACCAGUUAAUACAGUGACUGACAUCAUGAGCAUCAAUCCACGCAAUUGGGAUGCGACGACAUGUAUCAACCAAGUCAGCGAGCCUGACCACCCGAUCCCGUUAGUCGCCUCUUACGACAAGCAUAGUCGUCGUUUACGACAAGCAUGGGUUGCUGAAGACCUAUUUUAACCUGGAACUACACGGGUCCCCAUGGCCAUAUAAAGUAAGCAAUGUUUACCACCAACUCCUGUAGGGGAGAGUUAUAUACAUGCAACCGUGCUUUUGUUUUGUUUGUUUGUUUGUGUCUUGUUUAUCCCCGCACUCAGCAAUAUUCCAGCUAUAUGAUGACGGUGUGUAACCCGAUCCCGUUAGUCGCCUCUUACGACAAGCAUAGUCGCCUUGUACGGCAAGAUUGGGUCGCUAAAGACCUAUUCUAUCCCGGAUCUUCACAGGUCCUGUGCUUUUGAUUAUAUUGUGCCAUACUUUUGAUUAUAAUGUCUUCCAAUAAACCUAUUUUAUAUCUUG